AUGUCUACUCGUGGGAGCCCGCGGACGCCUAGACGUGGAGGUACCAGUCAGCGCGGGAGGUCCAACUCUCCUUCCAAUUCAGCAAAUGCCGAAGCUUCACCUCCAGCAUCCUCGAGCAAUUUGUCGCCAUUGACUGCAGGUCGGAGGCUUGGCUCGCUCCAUAAUACAGUCGAAGCACCUGCGCCUGGGAGGCUUGCAUCUCUGAGACUUGCACGAGACGUUACCUUUGGGGGGGAUGGAUCACAAUUUCCUGAUAUGAGUGGAAUGGGCAUGCUUUCUUCAAAUGCGGGUUUUGGAGAUGUUACUCUCGGUGGCUUCAAGAAAAUGACGUUUAGACCUUCAGUUCCUCCCCGGCGGAAGAAAAACACAACAAUAGCGCCUGGAGAGGGAGAUGCUAAAGUUGAUACUGCUGAAAGUUCUUCCGUAGAUAUGCCUCCUGAGGCUAUAAUUGUAAAAGAUGAAUCAAGUUCAACAGAGGCUCAUGUGUCAAACACGGGAACCACAGCACAAACGGCGUCAAGCCGACCGAAUCAACGAUCGCGAUUACGAAAUCAAGUGCUAACAGCCUCUGGACCGUUUGCUUACGGGCCGUCGGCUAUGUCUUCGCAUUCAAUUGAAGUUGAUGGCGAGAACGUGACGCGUACUGGAAGCCGACUCUUUUCGGAUAAUCGGCUGAAAUCAGAUGUGGUUAAUGCGGAAAAUUUGGCAUUUUCUUUUCGCGAAGACCCCUGGGCCCCUGUUACUCUAUUUGAGACACCGGAUCAGGCAGAGACUCUUAAUUCAUCGGAGAACAAUGAAACAUCUGCAUUUCUUGCGGAAGAACAAAUGGAAAAAGUUGAACCAUUUAUAUUUAAUGAAGAAGAUAAUCAUUUGUUUUUGUUUCAAUUACCUCCGAUACUACCUGAAUUUGAAUCAGUUGCCGAGGCUACUGCAUCAACUGCCUUUAGAGCCAGUACGAAUACCGAGUCUAGAAAGGAUGACAAAGCGGAUAACCAACAAAAAGACUCGAAAGGAACUCGACAUGUAGAAGGAAUGGUUGGAAAGCUAGUUGUCUAUAAGUCUGGGGAAACAAAAUUAAAAUUAGGAAACAUUGAAUUAGAUGUUUAUUCUGGAACAGAGUGUUCUUUCUUACAAAACAUUGUGGUACUUGACCCAGCAAAGAAGGGUGCAUAUUGCCUAGGUCAGGUAUCUAAGCAGUUUGUCUGUGUACCAGAUAUUGAAACUUUACUAGACCAUUCUGAUGAAGAUAAUGGGAGAGGUAGUGAUGAUGUUUAG